AUGGAAACUGAUAUCUCUCAAACAGAAUAUUCCGUCAUUCUCCUCGGACUAGACAAUGCUGGUAAAACAACACUCCUCUCCCAGAUCAAAGCGCUAUACCAGCCCCGUCCGGAGGGUGCUCCGACGCCCAACCCCGGAAAAACCGUCCCCACCGUCGGCCAAAAUGUCGCAACAAUACCCUUACAUGAUAUGAAUCUGAAGAUUUGGGAUGUGGGCGGCCAGAUUUCCAUGCGCGGUCUGUGGCAGAGUUACUACACCAGCUGUCACGCGAUAAUCUUCGUGGUUGACAGCGCGGAUGUCGGUCAAGACCCUGACAUUACCCGACUUAUAUCUCGGCGCGCGAGUUCCACGGCUGGCACGCGCAACACACGUGGCAAUUCCAGCGCAGAGGCCUUCUCUGAAGAAAAUGUGGGAAUAGGCGCCGCCAGCAGCGAAUUCGGGCGAUUAGACGAGUGCCGCCAGGUAUUGGAGUCCGUUCUACAAAACGCGGACGUGGCCGGCGUUCCAAUUCUAGUACUAGCAAACAAGCAAGACCGAGAGGACUGCGUGGAAGUGGUUCGCAUCAAGGAAGGGCUCGUUCGCAAAGUAUUCGAAGGGGAAACGGGAAGCGGCGUCCGGGAUAGUCGCGUGCUGCCGGUCAGCGCGCUGCUUGGGUCUGGUGUCCAGGCGGCUGUGGAGUGGGUGCAGAGUCGGGUCAAAUGGAACAAAGAGGGCCGCCCUCCUGUGAUGCGUUGA